AUGAAUAAUAAAGAUGAUUUUGAAUCACCAGAAUCAUCAGAUCGUGAAUAUUCAAGCAAAAUCCAUAAACCAGAAAUAAAUGAAAAGGAUAAAACAAUUAAAAAGUUACAAGAAGAAGAGUUACAAAACAAAGUGAAAGAACUAGAAAAAAAUAUAUCAGAACCCAAAGAAAAACCUUCUUUUGAAGAUUAUUUUUAUCACAAGUACGAAUUAGAUCAUGAAAUUGUCAAGAAAGCAAAUGAUCUUCAUGGAGUAAAUGUAAAAAUAGUUCGUCACUUAAUAAAUUACAGAUAUGGUGUAGCACUUUGUUUUGAAGGGAAUAUUGUCGAUAUUGGUUAUUCAAUGGACAAAGCACUGACCUUGGGUCCUCAUCUUGCAUACGGUGAACAUGAAGAGUUGAUGAAAACUAUGGAACCCCAUAUUAAAAAAUGGAAACCAGAACCAACUAAUGACGAAGGAAUGAAUAAAAGAUUUUAA